GGUGGGGCCCCGUGCACAAUGGGCCAUGGAGUUCCCGUUCGACGUGGAUGCGCUGCUCCCGGAGCGGAUCACGGUGCUGGACCAGCACCUGCGGCCCCCGGCCCGCCGACCCGGAACCACAACGCCAGCCCGUGUUGAUUUGCAGCAGCAAAUUAUGACCAUUGUAGAUGAACUGGGCAAGGCUUCUGCCAAGGCCCAGCAUCUUCCUGCCCCUAUCACCAGUGCAUCCAGGAUGCAGAGUAACCGCCAUGUCAUGUAUGUGCUGAAAGACACUUCAGCUCGACCGGCUGGAAAAGGAGCCAUUAUUGGCUUCCUCAAAGUUGGAUACAAGAAACUCUUUGUACUGGAUGAUCGUGAGGCUCACAAUGAGGUGGAACCACUUUGCAUCCUGGACUUUUAUAUCCAUGAGUCACUUCAACGCCAUGGCCAUGGGCGUGAACUCUUCCAGUAUAUGUUGCAGAAGGAGCGAGUUGAACCACACCAACUGGCCAUUGACCGACCCUCACAGAAGUUGCUGAAGUUCCUUAAUAAACACUACAACCUGGAGACCACAGUCCCACAGGUGAACAACUUUGUGAUCUUCGAAGGCUUCUUUGCCCACCAGCAUCGGCCCCCCGCUCCCUCUCUGAGGGCGACUCGACACUCGCGCGCUGCUGUGCUUGAUCCUUCGCCUGCUGCUCCAGUGAGGAAGCUACCACCCAAGAGAGCAGAGGGAGACAUUAAGCCAUACUCCUCUAGUGACCGAGAAUUUCUGAAGGUAGCUGUGGAGCCUCCUUGGCCCCUCAACAGGGCCCCUCGCCGAGCUACACCUCCAGUCCACCCACCCCCCCGCUCCAGCAGCCUGGGAAACUCUCCAGAACGGGGUCCCCUCCGCCCCUUUGUGCCAGAGCAGGAGCUACUGCGUUCCCUGCGCCUCUGCCCCCCACACCCUACCGCCCGCCUCCUGCUGGCUACCGACCCUGGGGGCAGCCCAGCCCAGCGUCGCCGCACCAGCUCCCUUCCCCGCUCUGAUGACAGUCGAUACUGAGAGACAGUUAUCCCCCUCCCCUUCCUGGGAAACCCUGGGUGGGCAGAGAUUCCUCCCCCUGAGAACCCCAGACCCAUUCUUCCAUUGCAUUCCCCAGGAUCUAGUGGAACCUGACAGCGCAUAGGAUUCCCUUUUGCCCUUUUUGGACAACUAGGUCGUCAGGGUCCCAGAUGGCCUACUACUUUGUGGCUUUUCUUGCCAUAGAAAGCAUCCCUUCUCUCCUAACUUGGUCUCUGAACAGUCCCCGACAGCGUGAAUCGCUGCCAGAUCCCAUGGUUGGGUGGCUUAUACUAAGUACCCAGAGAAGCACACACUGGCUUGCUGUCAGACUCUGGAACACCAUGGAAGGUCCAAGGGCCUCCUCUGCCAGGGAAGCCUUUCAAGGAGUCUUGUCCAUGGAGUAAAUCCCAUAUUCACUUUGCAGUGUCUACUAGUGGCCCUAAGACGGCUUUGUGCUACCUGCCACAUUUACGUUUCAGCCUGCUGACGCCAGCCAAUGAGCUCUGCUUCAGAGCGGUCAGUUAGGUAGGACAGGGACUUACCAGCUCCUCAAAGGGAUCCAUUCAACAUUGCCAAGCUCUUCAUUACAUGUUUUGUGUAUAUGUAUAUGUCAGGGAACCCGAGCUGAUGUCUGCUUUGGGGGUCUAAAGACACCACCACUUCCCCCAGACCCAGAUUCUGUGAGGGAGUCAUUUUCUUAGCAGUACAUCCCAGCAAGCACCCUGGGAUCACAGCCAUGUUUCAGAAGAUAAGCCUGAGUCUCACGGAUCUGUUAGCUCCCGGCAUUGCUUGAGUCCAUCCCUCCCCAGUAGUUAGAUGCCGAUAUAUUCCUGUCUUGUGAGAUUGUCUUGAGAUGAUGGGAAACCCUUCUCUGACCUUCCUUUCUUCUUUUCUCCAUACCAAGAACCUUUUUCCCUGCUCCAUACCCGGGGUAUAAAACAUCCUUCCCCCUCCCUACCCUCUGAAUAUGUGGUAGAUCAGGUACCCCCACUGUGUUCCCCCAAAUCCUUGGGAGCAGGAUCUCCCUUUCUCCAGACUCAUUCCCCCUUUCUUUUCCCUCUUAGUGUUGUCUGAAUAAAGUGUGUUUCCUUUGUGUUUUUUAAAUGGACAUUUUCAAUGAAAAAAACACCCAAAAAAACCAACUUGAGGUCUCAGCCUCAUUUGUGUGUCACCACUUGUUGUCCUGGGAUCUAGGGAUGUCUGUCCCUCUCAUCUUCCUCACUGCUGAGAUCUGCAGAUCUUCCAGCAAAGAGUCCUAAGAGCUCUCCUUGCAGGAUCUGGUGUCUGUCUGCCCAUCCCCACUUCAUUGCUGGAUCUUCUCCUCCGGAUUCUGCCUCCUCUCAUGGCACUGGAUCCUCUGUGUAGGCUUCUGAAUUUACUUCUCCAUUCCCUCCAGAAACCUCCAGCUCUCCCCAAUGACUUCUACCCUUUACCCCAGGCCAGCCCUUGCCGAGAUGUGAAGAUUUACCAAAAUCCCUGGGAUCCACUGUGUCCUGAUAACAAUCCCCCAAUUGUUCCCUGGAUUCCUCUUCCCACUGAUUUCCUGCCCUUCCCCCACACACAAACCCUUGGACCUCUCUCAAGACAAUCCCUUACCUCUGUUGAGGGCCCAACAUAAUCUGUCACAUAUCUUCAAAGGCUCCCUUCCUUUUCCUCCUAAAUUCAACUUGACUACUCCCUACAAUUAAGGUAACUGUUUUCCAAACCAAACAUCCGGGCACCUGUCCAACAAAUUCGUGUAGCUUAUGUGAUUCUGUUUUUAUGAGACGAUGACGAUUCGCAUCACAUUUAGCUUUACUUUUAAUGCAUUACCCCAACUAGAAAUAAUAAAGCAACAAAUCAGGAUUGUUCCAGAAAAUCUUUGGGGAUAAUAAAAUGAGCUCCCUCCCCUUUUCUGGGGCACAGCUUAGAUUAAAACCCCACAGAAAGGAUAACUACACUUCUCUGUGUUCCUGUGCUGUUCCUUUUAUCCCUCUCCUCCGGUUCCUCCAUAUCCACUCAUCUUUCAUCCUAUAGCCUCUUCCCCAUCAUCUCCCAUUU